GACUCGCCACAGCCAAAGAGCGCUCUGCUGUGAGAGCGAAAGUGUCAGAGUUGCGGUAGCUCAGAAAGUGCAUGUGGCUGCGUUCGUCAGUGGACACUGCGCUGACCAAGAGGAGUAGGAGCUGGAUAAACAUUUCAGAAGCCAGUCGAGGUGACCUAUAGAAAAACAACGCACAGGAAAACAGGAGGCUAUUGUCAGGAAAGGAGCAACGAAAUAUUUAAGUAGACUUGUGAGCAAUGCACUGGCAGCAUGGCCAGAUGGUUCAGGGAACACCUAGGAUUCAAAACUACAAAAGCACCACCUCCGGCGCCCCCGAAACCAGACUACAGAUAUUGUCACGCCGCUGUGACCGGUACGCUUGGCUACCAACAACCAAGCUCCGGGGCCACCUCUCUCUAUCCAAGCCCCGCACAGCCGGACAUUCUUGCUGCUUACAAACUACAAAAGGAACUGGACUUCGAAGAUCCGUACACGGGAGGAGGAAAUAUUUCGUUUGGAACUGGUCUGGGCUCUGGGGGGUCGCCGGACAUAAAGUAUGUGUCACCAAAGCACCGGCUUAUAAAGGUGGAAACAAUCGAGAAAAGCAACUCUGCUCCGGGCAGCGGUAUCAUAGCCCAAGCUGUUGCUGUUGGGAACGUUAAAUCUCCCACGUCACCGCCUCCUGAAAAUGAGAAUAAAGAAAAGCUCAUUAUCCUGGAUGACUAUGCAGACCCGUUUGAUGCGGAGCAGGAUGGGGGGACCCAGGCCACCACCGAGAAGGUGACCCAGGCCAGCACAGAGAACGAUGGCUACAUGGAGCCCUAUGAGGCCCAGAAGAUGAUGGCAGAGAUCCGCGGUGGCCGGGGGCCUAAGGAGGGGUCACUGAGAUCGCUGCCCCUGUACGACACGCCCUACGAGCCAGCUGAGAACGGAGGGGACUCGGACGGCGAGCGUCCCCGCUGCCCCAGAGAGAGUCGGCUACCGCAGGACGACGAGAGGCCCCCGGAGGAGUACGACCAGCCCUGGGAGUGGAAGAAAGAGCGCAUCUCCAAGGCUUUUGCAGCUCUGCUCUGUUCUGACUGCAUUAGCUACAAGGGCUCUGUAAGUGGCAGUGGAUCAGAACCAGAGACAAGGAUGGACAACAUCUCUAAAUCCCUCACAGUCCAGUUUGAAGGGGCGGAGAAGUCCAGAAUGUCGCCCACCAGGGAGGGUAAAGGAGGGCGUCCGCCCCGCAUCCACUCCAGUUGCUGUCUGGUCAACACCAAGAUGAGCUCUCUGGACCACUGCAGUGCUGCUCUGGGGGAACGCAUUGACCCCUCCAUGUCCCUGGAGAGCCAAUUCUGGUACCAUGGAGCGAUCAGCAGGACGGAUGCAGAGUCUCUGCUGAGGCUGUGUAAAGAGGCCAGCUACCUGGUGAGGAACAGUGAGACCAGCAAGAACGACUUCUCCCUCUCACUCAAGAGCAGCCAGGGCUUCAUGCACAUGAAGCUGUCGAGGACGAAGGAGAACAAGUACAUCCUGGGUCAGAACAGCUGUCCCUUCGACAGUGUCCCCGAGAUCAUCCACUUCUACUCCAGCCGCAAGCUGCCCAUCAAGGGGGCCGAGCACAUGUCCCUGCUCUACCCCGUGGCCAUCAGGACACUAUAGUGACAUGUCCUUCCCCAAAGGUCACACAGGGGUCAGGGGUCAGAUGCCCUCUCAUGCCACCUCCCAUGGGAAACCCUGUCACUCUGCCUUUCUCCUUCUGUAUGAUUGGUCUGAAGGACAGAGUUCAAGUUGGCGGAGGAGGCAGGGAUGAUGAUGAUGAUGAUGAUAACACAGCUCACCUGUCAUCACCCACCUGAUCCCAGACCAGCUAUUAACUUUUUGUUUGUACUUGCUACAACAUUAUCAUUGCAUCAUUGACUGACACAUUAUCUGCUGACGAGCGUUGUUUCACUGAUCCCACAGCUGCUUCCUCAACAGUACCACUCUGUACCAAUCUCCUCCACACAAGACCUGUUCAUAUUGGAUUUGGCUCCAUGUUAUGCUGAAAGUGUUUAUUUAGUGAGGGGAAGCUAAAGAUUGUAAUGUCCUUUAUAAAGGAAGUGGGGAAGGCACAUUAAUGUAUUGGAGUUGGGUUGUAUAUCUACAGUGGCCGGCAAACUCAAUAAACCUGCCCUGUGUGAAUACUUUCCCCAUCAGUGCAACAACAGUUUAGUGUUUAAGUGCUGUAAGGUCUACAGACUGACGUCUGUCUCUGUCUAAUCCCAGGACUGUAAUUUCUGAUAUCCUUCACCGCGGGUGUCCCAUUGGUAGGACAGUGUAAGUACAGCUCUGGUUUGACAGUCAGCAGACUGAUAGAUGGAUAACUAUGUUACACAGCAGUAGCACCAUUGGCUAAAUGAGCCAGAGAUGGGUGCCUAGUCUCAAAAUGGGCUAAAUUACCUUCCCAAUCUGCCAUCAUCUUUGUAUGGGCAGAAUGGAAUAUGCCUGCAUUGUCUACCUCAGAAAAUCAAUUUCAUUCGUGAAUCUGCAGAUCAAUAGGUACAAUGGGAUUGCAGAUAUUGAUCCAACCCCCACCAUGCGACUCCGAUUCCCAACAAAUUGCAUCUAUGGUUUAAGAAUAUGUUUUUGCAUAAGCCAGUCAAUCAGAUAAUGUUUUUGUUUCUUUUUUAAAAACUACAUUUUACAGAUCAGCAUUUGUAUGUAUAGUCACUAUGACAUUUUGUGAUGUCCGUAACAAAUGUUUGGUUAAUGCCUUAUAAUGCAUGGGUUGAAUCAGUCGGAUUAGAUCCGCUGAUUUCUAGAGUUCUGCUUCUUUCAACGAUUGUUCUGUGACUGUAAUUUAUUCUGGGGUAAUUCUUCUUAUUACAGAUGUGUUACUCCUUUCUGUGAAGGCCUGCCUCGUGGCAUCCAGCCCUCACUAUUCUCUGCCAUGUGAUCGUGUUUGGCCAGAGCUUGAACACCCCGGACCUGGUCUCAUAUACUGUGGUGCUUCGCUUUGUGUUUUAGUCAGUUCUGCUUCAUGUGUCCAACUGCUUCUGUGGCCUGACUCUGACUCUGAGACACUGAUGAGUGAUGGUGUCUCGUGACCAAUGGGAUUGUCCAGCCUCACAUAAAGACUGUCUGUAGAAGCCCCAUGGACCAAUCGGAGGAUUCCAUUUUCCUGGAUGAACUCAGACCUCCAGUCUGUCCUAACCCAUCUAUUUGUUGGAAUUAUUUAAUACACACCUUGACUUCUCCCCUGAACCAGAGGGAGUGACGUGUCCUUUAAAAUCUAAAUGUUAAUAAGGAGAGUGCUGAAGCAUGCUAUGCAAUCCCAUAGCCAGUGGGUGGCAUCAUUGCCGAUGUGGAAAUCAAAGGCUGUCCUCCAAUUGGCAUUUCCAGGGAAUUAUAUGAGUGUUUGCUGGAGGUGAAUUGAUUAUGUUGGUAAGAUAAGGGAACAAGUUAAGUAGGGUUGCAUACAGCAGCAAUGGUUCCCAAACUUUUUUGGUUACUGUACCACCAACUGAACUGUACUCUGCCCGGAGUACACCUGAAGUACCCCCUCAUGUGCAUUUUACAAGUGGGCCUAUGGUCUCAUGAGUCUUCUCAAGGUACCCCCUGUGGAUAGACCAAGUACCCUCCAGGGGUCCUGAUGGUUGUGAACCACUGGCAUACAGUAUAUGACUCUUCAUGGCAGGUUUAGGAGUUUGUCAAUGUCAUGAUUAGACUAUCCCACACCUUCAUGAGGUAACUGAUGUUGAUGGAGAAGGCCAUUGUAUGUAAUGGAGGGAAAUUCUGCUCACAUUUUAUUAAUUAAAUAAAUAUAUCAGUACCAGUCAAAAGUUUGGACACACCUACUCAUUCAAGGGUUUUUCUUAGUUUAAAAAAUAAUUUUCUACAUUGUAGAAUAAUGGUGAAGACAUGAACUAUGAAAUAACACAUAUAGAAUUAUGUAAUAACCAAAACAGUGUUAAACAAAUCAAAAUAUAUUUGAGAUUCUUCAAAGUAGCCACCCUUUGCCUUGACAGCUUUGCACACACAGCUUUGCAUUCUCUCAACCAACUUCAUGAGGAAUGCUUUUUCAAUAGUCUUGAAGGAGUUCCCACAUAUGCUGAGCACUUGUUGGAUGCUUUUCCUUCACUCUGUGGUCCAACUCAUCCCAAACCAUCUCAAUUGGGCUGAGGUCGGGUGAUUCAGCACUCCAUCACUCUCCUUCUUGGUCAAGUAGUCCUUACACAGCCUGGAGGUGUGUUUUAGGUCAUUGUCCUGUUGAAUAACAAAUUAUUGUCCCACUAAGUGCAAACCAGAUGACGUAUCGCUGCAGAAUGUUGUGGUAGCCAUGCUUGUUAAUUGUGCCUUGAAUUCUAAAUAAAUCACAGACAGGGUCACCAGCAAAGCAUCCCACACCUUUACACAUCCUCGUCCAUACUUCACGGUGGGAUCCACAAAUGUGGAGAUCAUCCAUUCACCUACUCUGGGUCUCUCAAAGAGACAGCUGUUGGAACCAAAAGUCUCAAAUUUGGACACCAGACCAAAGGACAGAUUUCUACCAGUCUAAUGUCCAUUGCUCGUGUUUCUUGGCCCAAGCAAGUCUAUUCUUCUUAUUGGUGUCCUUUAGUAAUGGUUACUUUGCAGCAAUUCAACCAUGAGGGCCUGAUUCACACAGACUCCUCUGAACAGUUGAUGUUGAGUUGUCUGUUACUUGAACUCUGUGAAGCAUUUAUUUGGGCUGCAAUCUGACGUGCAGUUAACUCUAAUGAAUUUAUCCUCUGCAGCAGAGGUAACUCUGGUCUUUCAUUCCAGUGGCGGUCCUCAUGAGAACCAGUUUCAUCAUACCGCUUGAUGGUUGUUGCGACUGCACUUGAAGAAACUUUCAAAGUUCUUGAAAAGUUCUGCAUUGACUGACCUUCAUGUCUUAAAGUAAUAAUGGACUGUCAUUUCUCUUUGCUUAUUUGAGAUGUUCUUGCCAUAAUAUGGACUUUAAUAUGGACCCUAUUUGGUGAAAGACUAUCUUCUGUAUACUCACCCUACCUUGUCACAACACAACUGAUUGGCUCAAACGCAUUCAAAUUCCACAAAUGAACUUUUAACAAGGCACACCUAUUAAUUGAAAUGCAUUCCAGGUGACUACUUCAUGAAGCUGGUUGAGAGAAUGCCAAGCAUAUGCAAAGCUGUCAUUAAGGCAAAGGGUGGCUAUUUAAAGAAUCUCAAAUAUAAAAUAUAUUUGGAUUUGUUUAACACUUUUUUUGGUUACUACAUGAUUCCAUAUGUGUUAUUUCAUAGUUUUGAUGUCUUCACUAUUAUUCUACAAUGUAGAAAAUAGUAAAAAUAAAGAAAAAUCCCUGAAUGAGUAGGUGUGUCCAAACUUUUGACUGGUACUGUG